AUGAUUACUGAUUCUUUAGAACAAUUGUCAAUUUCUGAGAAAAAGAUAAUAAUAUCAGAUAUAUCCGAUGACACUUCAAAUUCUGAUGAUAUUUUCACAAAAGAAAUUUCGCCACCUAAUAAGAGUCAACCCGAUAAGGAGGAAGCUAUUACUCCUGACCCUAUAACCAGAAUAGAAUAUAGCUCAACUCAGGUCUAA